AUGGACCCGUUGGAGGCGGGGCUGGGCUCGGGGGUGGAGCCUACCCUGCGGCUCCCGCUCCGUCGGAGGGGGCGUUGCCGGACGCGCUCGGAAGAGCCAGGGGGCGUGGCCUUCCUCACGAGCUCGGCCUCGAGCUCGAGCGGCGCCAGCGAGGGCGACGAGGACAUCUGGUGGCGCGUGCAGAGGCGCGCAAAGAUACCGAAAGUGCGCAUGCCUCUCCCGGCGCGGCCCAGCUCGGCGCAGGCGCAGAAACAGGCGAAUGAUUUAGAGCGCACGCGCGGAGGGAAGUGGGGGCUACCGGCUCUGGCCGCCAUGGAGCGGAAAGUUCUGGCGCUUCAGGCCCGGAAGAAACGGACCAAAGCUAAGAAGGACAAGGCCCAGAAAAAGCCUGAAACUCAGCAUCGGGGCCCUGCUACUCAUUCAGAGAAUGAUCUCCCUGAACAAGAGGAGGAAAUCCUGGGAUCAGAUGAUGAUGAACAAGAGGAUCCAAAUGAUUACUGUAAAGGUGGUUAUCAUCUUGUGAAAAUAGGAGAUCUAUUCAAUGGGAGAUACCAUGUGAUCCGGAAACUAGGAUGGGGGCACUUUUCCACUGUGUGGCUAUCUUGGGACAUUCAGGGGAAGAGGUUUGUGGCGAUGAAAGUAGUGAAGAGUGCUGAGCACUACACAGAAACAGCACUGGAUGAAAUCAAACUGCUGAAGUCGGUCCGCAACACUGACCCCAAUGAUCCAAAUAGAGAGAUGGUGGUUCAGUUAUUAGAUGACUUCAAGAUCUCAGGAGUGAAUGGCUCCCAUAUCUGUAUGGUGUUUGAAGUUCUAGGGCAUCACCUCCUGAAGUGGAUCAUCAAGUCAAAUUACCAGGGCCUUCCACUCCCAUGUGUCAAAAGAAUCAUUCAACAGGUUCUACAGGGUCUGGAUUACUUGCACACAAAGUGUCGGAUCAUCCAUACAGAUAUUAAACCCGAGAACAUUCUGCUGUGUGUUAAUGAACAGUACAUCCGCAGGCUGGCUGCGGAAGCAACAGAAUGGCAGAGAUCUGGGGCGCCCCCUCCUUCUGGCUCUGCAGUGAGUACUGCACCUCAGCCCAAACCAGCUGACAAAAUGUCAAAGAACAAGAAAAAAAAAUUGAAGAAAAAGCAGAAACGGCAGGCAGAGCUACUGGAGAAGCGAAUGCAGGAGAUAGAGGAGAUGGAAAAGGAGGAAAGCCCUGUACAAACACAGCCUGAAGAGCAGGAAGAAACUCAGACCCCUCUUGAGAUGCUCUUAAAAGAGAGCCCACUUGAUGAAGGGGUACCGGGAAAGCUAGAUGAAGUUGCCCAUGUACAAGAGCGAAGUAUCCGAAUGGAAGGCAGCAUGGAAAAAUACAUACCAGAAAUCAACUGCAACGGCAUGGUACAAAUGACUGCCUUCUCAGACUCCGGCAACCAAGGGUCUGGAAGGCUUGAGGAGGACCUUCAUAAUGCCAAUGACUGUGAUGAGCACCCUCUGGCACAGGAAGAGGACAGCUUCCAUAGCUGUAAUUACAGCCAGCGUAACGGAGACUCGGAGAACAGGUCACGAGAAGUAAUGUCGGACUCAUGCGUGCCCUUAAUUUCUGAGGUGCUAGAUUCCAUGGUGUAUCAGCCAACUUCAAGUGAAGAGCAAUCGUUCAAUGAGCAGGAGAUCAGCCAGUUGCAAGAGAGUAUACGUGCAGAGAUACCCUCAGAUGAUGAGAAUGAGAAUAAUGGCCCAUCUGAGAACAAAGGGAAAUCCACUGCUGGGAAUUUUCUCCUUAAUCCCCUUGAGCCCAGGAAUGCAGAUAAGCUCAAAGUGAAGAUAGCUGACCUAGGAAAUGCCUGCUGGGUGCACAAGCACUUCACUGAGGACAUUCAGACAAGGCAGUACCGGUCCCUGGAGGUGCUGAUAGGAUCUGGGUAUAACACCCCAGCUGAUAUUUGGAGCACAGCCUGUAUGGCCUUUGAACUAGCCACAGGAGACUACCUGUUUGAGCCCCACUCUGGAGAAGACUACUCCCGGGAUGAAGAUCACAUUGCAUUGAUCAUAGAACUUCUGGGGAAAAUACCUCGCAAGCUCAUUGUGGCAGGAAAAUAUUCCAAGGAGUUUUUCACCAAAAAAGGGGAUCUGAAACACAUCACCAAACUGAAGCCCUGGGGCCUUUUUGAAGUUCUGGUGGAGAAAUACGAGUGGUCCCAAGAUGAGGCAGCUGCAUUCACAGACUUCUUAUUACCUAUGUUGGAGCUGAUUCCAGAGAAACGGGCUACAGCAGCUGAGUGUCUCAGGCACCCCUGGCUUAACUCCUAGGGCUUCAACCCAACACCGCAGCCCUACACUCUGGUUUACAGCAUAGCAUACGUACACCCAGGUGUCCCAACUGCCCCUCCCCAGAUCCAUUUUUUUCCCCCCUUGUUCCUUUUCAGUGUGAAGCUCUUCCUUCAAGGCUUCCAAGAUUUUAGAUAAAUUUAACCUGUUCAGUUGAGUUUGCUUAUUUGAUUAAGCGGAGACUCUUCUCAGCCAGUGGGCAUCCUGUGAGCUUUGCCUUGAUUGGGCUUUGCCAAAGAUUAAUUGACUGACUGAUGAAUACAAAGUUGCCCCGAGUCUCUUACCUGUUAGUGUAGGUGUGAGCUGAUCUGCAUUAGUGUGUUUCCUUAACUAAAUUACACCCAUGAAGGGGAUAUGAAGAUCUGUGACUCCAUCCUUAGCUCACUAACUCUAGGAGUCAAUUUUCCAUUGCAUGGCCAGUACCCAGCAGGAGGAUGAGAAAUGGCAGGUUGAUACCUGGGUGAUAACUCCAUGUGGAACAGAACUUGAAAUCCUCCACCCAUCCCCAGGUGUCUGUUGCAUUUCUUGGGUGACUUCCACCAUUCUUUCCAGUCAAAUAAUUUUUCUUUAGUUUUAGCCACUGAAUCCUAUGAAAAGCUGUAUUUAAAAACUAUUUUUAAUACCAUUAUUUUUCCCCAGUGUUCAGAUUAGUUUCUGAAUUCAGUGAAGCCUGCUACACUCCCUCAAAUGCCUGAGCCCUUGGACUAAAACUUCACAUGGACAAGUUUAAAAAAAAAAAAAAAAAAAGCAAAAGCUGGAACUGGUUAAAUGCACAAUCUUCAGAAUAGAUGUGUGCAUGCUUUGUUGGCAGAGUGGUAGUUGGAGUGCAGGCAACUCUUCCUAGACAUUUGAGUGAGCUGUAAGUUUUUGUUUUUUGUUUUUGCUCAUAUUGGCACUUCCUUUGCUUUGCCUGAAGUUGUCAUUGCAUCAGUGAGCAGUUGGUAUUCAGUCUGGAAAGAUGGAAUGUACUUUCUCUUAUUUUGACCAUUCAGUUGUGAAGAGGGGCUGGUGGUAUCUGUGUGUCACAGCCACACUGUGUUCUCUGACUUCGAAACACCACAUUUCCAAAGCUUAAUGUAAAGAUUUCUACUGUGUUAGCUUGCCUUAGGUGCUGGCCUUUAGAAGUAACUUCCCCAGAUGGGAUUGCCUUUUAUUUUCUGAGACGGUUGAGUACUUGGGAUUAACACAAGGACAGCUGAGCUACUUGGUUUGGCUUCUUCCUGUAGAAACAGGGUCAGUUUCUCUUUCCUAAAAUCACCCCAAAUAUGGCUGCCCCAGUAGAAUAUUGUAUAAGGUUUUUAAACUUCUCAGAGGGGGCUGGGUGUAACAGGUUUGUGGGGGCGGUUAUUUUAAUUCAAAGUUAAAGCAUUGUAGUGUUUGCUAGUUUUACGAUGCAUCUCUCCUAGGCUUUCCUAAGCUAUUACAGAUUUAUUGCGUCCUACUCUAAAGCAAGGUUUUGGCAGGGUAGGGACUUGAACAGCCCUUCCUCACCAUGGACCAAACAGGCCUUUGGGAUCAAGAAGUUCUCAGAGGACAGAAGCUGCCUCAGGACUCUGGAACUCCCAGAAGGCACUAUUUGAGACAGUAACGCCAAAGCUGCCAGUGAGGCUGUUACAUGUCACUCUUGUGUGUGUGUGUUUGAAAUCUCAGUUUAUCGCAACCUUCCAUCCACAAAAGCUGGUGACCUUAUUUAAUCCACUUUAAAGGUAUAACCAUCUUGCCCUAUAUUUUCUUGCUUGUCCAGCCUAACACCACCCAGGGCAUUGACGAAAUCCAGGCUGCAUGUCCAUUUAGGAGUUCUUAAGUCAGGUUCUCUAUGCAUAAUCUAAGAUUAAAGGAAAUAAAUAUACCAAAACAGUUUAAAACUGCUGAAUGAUUUUCCUGGAAUCUGGAAUUCCUUCCCCAGCUCCAAGAGUCGCUUCUUUUUCUGUUGUAAAGGGAUUACAGACAGGACUGGACUGUAUAUUGCUGACCUUCUGUUUUAAUACUGUGAAGACUUUUUGGCAGGGUGAAUGGAACUUCUGGUGGCGUCACUAGAGCUCACCCCGCCCUGUGCAUUUCCACACCCUGGCUGACCUAAAGGAAUGAGAUCCUCAUAGAGGGGUCUGCACAUUGGGUUCUGAGGUAUCUGUUCCCCCAUCACCGCCAGAAGAGGACUUUUUUCCUCUAGCUCAGUAAAAGAGCCAGCUUGUGGGUUGAAGACGCAGAGAGGCAGCUGUCAGGAUUCAGUCUUGUCCCUCGUGCUCACUCACUUGGGGUUCACUAAACUUCCAAAUUGCCAUAAAGUGCUCACUAAAGGAUUUGUACUUGCUGUGUUCGUCUAAAACCUGAAGGAAAAUACAUUUUUAUUCUUUCUACUUGAGUGCAUUGUCUUUUCUUUGUAAAUGCCGUACAAUAAAACAGAUUAUUUAAUAACCCA